AAAAAAAAAAAAAAAAAAGAGAAAAAAAAGAAGAAGAAACUGACACGUCACUCCCACCUCUUCAACCGGACCUUCAUCAUCUCUCUCUCUCUCUCUCUCUAAAUCUGUAUUUAAGCACUCCCCAAAACCCUACCUACUCUAAUUCUCUCUCGAUCUCGCUCUCUGAAGCACAAAUCUUUGUCUGAACUCGGAUAACCAUUUGCUAUGGCUGGUGAAAACCCGUUCAAGAGCAUUUUGAAGACGCUUGAGAAGCCCGACGGUGGCGAAUUCGGGAAGUACUAUAGCUUGCCAGCUCUCAACGAUCCUAGAAUCGAGAAACUACCAUACUCGAUUAGGAUUCUUCUUGAAUCAGCCAUUCGCAACUGUGAUGAGUUUCAAGUCAAGAGUAAGGAUGUUGAAAAGAUUAUUGAUUGGGAGAACACCAGUCCCAAACAGGUUGAGAUCCCAUUCAAACCUGCUAGGGUGCUUCUUCAGGAUUUCACUGGUGUACCUGCUGUUGUUGAUCUUGCUUGCAUGAGGGAUGCUAUGAACAGACUAGGCGGUGAUUCGAACAAGAUCAACCCAUUGGUUCCGGUAGAUCUUGUCAUUGAUCACUCUGUCCAGGUGGAUGUGGCAAGAUCAGAGAACGCAGUGCAAGCCAAUAUGGAACUUGAGUUCCGACGAAACAAAGAGCGAUUUGGUUUCCUCAAAUGGGGAUCGAAUGCAUUUGAUAACAUGCUUGUUGUUCCUCCUGGAUCAGGGAUUGUCCAUCAGGUUAACUUAGAAUACCUUGGCAGAGUUGUGUUCAACAGAGGUGGCCUGCUUUACCCUGACAGUGUCGUUGGAACAGAUUCCCACACGACUAUGAUUGACGGACUGGGUGUUGCUGGUUGGGGAGUUGGUGGUAUCGAAGCAGAAGCUGCAAUGCUUGGACAGCCCAUGAGCAUGGUCUUGCCUGGUGUGGUUGGAUUCAAAUUAUCAGGAAAGUUGAGAAAUGGUGUGACAGCUACCGACUUGGUUUUGACAGUAACUCAAAUGCUGAGGAAGCAUGGGGUUGUUGGCAAGUUUGUGGAGUUCUAUGGCGAAGGAAUGAGUGAAUUGUCUUUGGCAGACCGUGCCACUAUUGCUAACAUGUCCCCAGAGUAUGGUGCAACUAUGGGCUUCUUUCCUGUGGAUCAUGUUACUCUGCAAUAUCUGAAGCUGACUGGCAGAAGUGAUGAUACUAUUUCUAUGAUAGAGUCAUAUUUACGGGCUAAUAAGAUGUUUGUGGACUAUAGCGAGCCCCAGGUUGAGAGAGUGUAUUCCUCUUAUCUAGAGUUAAAUCUUGAGGAUGUGGAACCUUGUGUGUCAGGUCCAAAGAGACCACAUGAUCGUGUUCCUUUGAAGGAAAUGAAAGCAGAUUGGCAUGCAUGCCUUGAUAAUAGAGUUGGAUUCAAGGGUUUUGCUGUAGCAAAAGAGUCCCAGAGUAAGGUUGUAGAGUUUACAUUUCACGGGACCCCAGCACAACUUAGGCAUGGAGAUGUUGUCAUUGCAGCUAUUACAAGUUGCACAAAUACCUCAAAUCCUAGUGUGAUGCUUGGAGCUGCUUUAGUUGCAAAGAAAGCCUGUAAACUAGGAUUGGAGGUUAAGCCAUGGAUUAAGACGAGUCUUGCUCCAGGUUCUGGUGUUGUAACCAAAUACUUGCUGAAAAGUGGACUGCAGAAGUAUUUGAAUCAUCUAGGAUUCUAUAUUGUUGGAUAUGGAUGCACUACAUGCAUUGGGAAUUCUGGAGAUAUUGAUGAAGCAGUGGGAUCAGCUAUCACUGAAAAUGAUAUAGUAGCUGCAGCUGUACUGUCUGGAAACAGGAAUUUUGAGGGUCGUGUGCAUCCUCUUACUAGGGCUAAUUACCUUGCAUCUCCUCCUCUCGUGGUUGCCUAUGCUCUUGCUGGCACGGUGGAUAUUGAUUUUGAAACAGAGCCCAUUGGGUUGGGGAAAGAUGGAAAGGAGGUAUUUUUCAAGGACAUUUGGCCAUCCAACGAAGAAGUAGCAGAGGUUGUGCAAUCCAGCGUACUCCCCGAUAUGUUUAAGGCUACAUAUGAAGCAAUUACCCAAGGAAACUCUAUGUGGAAUCAAUUAUCUGUACCUUCUGGCACCCUUUAUGCCUGGGACCCCAAAUCAACCUAUAUCCAUGAACCACCCUAUUUCAAGGACAUGACUAUGUCUCCGCCUGGACCACAUGGAGUGAAGGAUGCUUACUGCUUACUCAACUUUGGAGACAGUAUUACAACUGAUCACAUCUCUCCCGCUGGUAGCAUCCACAAGGACAGUCCUACAGCCAAAUACCUUAUUGAACGUGGGGUUGAUAGAAGAGACUUCAACUCUUAUGGAAGUCGACGUGGUAAUGAUGAGGUCAUGGCAAGGGGCACUUUUGCAAACAUUCGUCUGGUCAACAAGCUAUUGAAAGGAGAAGUUGGUCCUAAGACAAUCCACAUUCCCACUGGGGAGAAACUGUCCGUGUUUGAUACUGCAAUGAGGUACAAGAGUGAAGGACAUGAUACAAUUAUUUUGGCUGGUGCGGAGUAUGGAAGUGGAAGUUCUCGUGAUUGGGCUGCUAAGGGUCCUAUGCUACUGGGUGUGAAAGCUGUCAUAGCAAAGAGCUUUGAGAGGAUUCACCGAAGCAAUUUGGUGGGCAUGGGCGUUAUUCCCUUGUGUUUUAAGCCCGGUGAGGAUGCGGAAACUCUUGGAUUAACUGGCCAUGAACGAUACACCAUUGAUCUUCCGAGCAGCGUGAGUGAAAUUAAACCUGGUCAAGAUGUCACAAUGGUGACAGAUGAUGGCAAGUCAUUCACAUGUACAUUACGUUUCGAUACAGAGGUUGAACUUGCUUACUUUGAUCACGGAGGCAUUCUGCCGUACGUCAUCAGGAAUUUGAUCAAAUCGAAACACUGAAUUGGCGUGGGGUUCGGAGAGCUCGGCACCAUUCCAAUUCGUCCCCAAGAUUUAAUAAUUGCUGGUGGGACGGGUGGCCAGUUUUAGAGCUGACCCCAACUAUUUUUGAAUAAAGGAACUUUAUUGCUCUAGCAAGAAUUUAAAAGAAAAAAAAAAAUUAAUAAGGUGGGAAGUUUUGACUUAUUAUUGGUAAAGAAUUUUCAAAAUCAGGCCACAAUAAUCCAGGACAUUUCAAUUUUUACUUUUAAUGUUUUCGCUUGAACGCAGGUGCAAAAAGUUGCUUUCAUGUAACAUUUGAUUUGGUGCCUUUGAUAUUUGAAAUUUUUGGAAUUUUGAUCA